CCCGCCUGCGAGAGCGACAAGGGAGAGGCUGGCCUCCUGCAGGAUCCCGGCUGCCGCUGCCUGUGGGCGUGGUCUCCUGUGCCCCGCCCCCUGACACGCCCCCGGGCUCCUCUCUGGGCUGGGGUCCCCUCCUUCUCCGGCCCUGGACCCAGCGUGGCGCGUUCCCCCCUGGGUGCCAUGGCCUCGCGGCUCCUGCACCGGCUGCGACACGCCCUGGCCAGCGAUGGCCCCGGGGAGGCGGCGGCGGGCCCAGAGACCGAGCAGUUCCCUGAGAGCUCCGAGCUGGAGGACGACGACGCCGAGGGCCUGUCCUCCCGCCUCAGCGGUACACUCAGCUUCACCAGUGCAGAAGAUGACCCGGACGACGAGGACGAGGACGACGAGGCGGGCCCCGAUUCUCUGCCCUCCGGAGAUGGGACAUCGGGAGAAGACGCAGAACGAAGUCCCCCAGCUGAUGGACAGCGGGGCAGUCAACUCCUGGCUCGGCAGCUGCAGGAUUUCUGGAAGAAGUCUCGGAACACCCUAGUUCCACAGCGGCUGCUCUUUGAGGUGACCAGCGCCAAUGUUGUCAAGGACCCUCCCUCCAAGUACGUGCUCUACACCCUCGCCGUGAUGGGCCCGGGGCCACCAGAUCGCCAGCCAGCCCAGAUCUCCCGCCGCUACUCGGACUUUGAGCGGCUGCACAGAAACCUGCAGCGACAAUUCCGGGGCCCCAUGGCUGCCAUCUCCUUCCCCCGUAAGCGCCUGCGCCGGAACUUUACUGCAGAAACCAUUGCCCGCCGUAGCCGGGCCUUUGAACAGUUUUUAGGCCACCUGCAGGCAGUGCCCGAGCUACGCCAAGCUCCAGACCUACAGGACUUCUUCGUGCUGCCCGAGUUACGGCGGGCACAGAGCCUCACCUGCACUGGCCUUUAUCGCGAGGCUCUGGCACUGUGGGCCAACGCCUGGCAGCUGCAGACCCAGCUGGGCACCCCUUCUGGCCUCGACCGGCCCCUGCUGACUCUGGCUGGGUUGGCUGUGUGCCAUCAGGAGCUGGAGGACCCUGGGGAAGCACGCGCAUGUAGUGAGAAGGCUCUGCAGCUGCUGGGGGAUAAGAAACCCCAUCCUUUCCUGGCGCCCUUUCUCGAGGCCCAUGUCCGGCUCUCCUGGCGCCUGGGCCUGGACAAACGGCAGUCAGAGGCCCAGCUUCAGGCCCUACAGGAGGCAGGCCUUACCCCCACCCCACCCCCCAGCCUCAAGGAGCUGCUCAUCAAAGAGGUGCUGGACUAACUCGUGCUUGUCCUAAGGCCACGUUUAGAAAAGGGGCUGCCCCAGGCAAGGGGGCAAGGGCUGAGGACAGUGAGCAACUGUAGGCUGAAAGGCAUUCUGGGCCCCCAUAAAAUAGUUCCAGAAAGAUUGUGCAGCAGACUGAGAGGAACUUCGUUUUCCCAGGCUGGGCCGGAAAGGGCUUUGGCUGGGGUUACCCUAGGAUGAUACCAGGAAGAAGUCUUGGCAUGGGGAUCCUCAGCCUACCACAACGGGAGGCUGUGGCCAAGGCCAGAGUCAAUGUUCGCUUUUCCAUAGGCCCCUAAACCAGUGACACAGCUUGGCUGAAGGCUGGGAACUGCUACUGGAGUCCUGGAAUUCAAAGAUGGGGAGGGCUGUAGCUCCAUUAAAGGUCAGCUACUCCAGUGUUAGCAAUCUCUUUAUUGGAUGUAAGGGCAGGAAGCGCAGCUCUCAACUGAGACUCCUGCCUCAGGAAUGGCAGUGAAAGAGUCCUUUAAGCCCCAGGUCGAGUCAGUCCUUUUUGACUAUAGCUUACUCUCUGAUACCGGAGGCUUCAAUCGGAUCACACCCUCCUGGGCACAGGUCACAGCAAGAACCCCAUCCCGACGCCACAGCCGCCCAUGCACUAGCCCUCGAGAGCCACCUGUGGGCAAGGAGAAUGGUGAGAAUGGACUCUACUUCGGUACAAGCCUGCCUGGUCUGCAAAGGGGUUUGACAGGAGGCAGAGCUUGCCCCACACAAGAGCCCAUCGGAAUACCCACCAUGAGCCUGUUACAACACUGGGAGGCUUUCAUUUCAUGGUUUAAAAGCACUUUUCAAGAGGAAAGUGCUCGCUUCCUCAAAAGGAUCACAGAGAGAGGUGCUUUGACAACAGUCUCAAAAGACUUGACAAACUGGCCACUUGUCAGAAAUCCCAAUUCAAGUCCUCCCAGCAGGUAAUUCACCCAAACUACCACCAGGGGGUGUUGCCCAGAGAGGACCUGAGACCUUGAGGUGUGGCCUCCUUUUGGGCUCCAUCUAGAGGCUCGCUCUUUCCCUUGGUGGCUCUGGCCUGAGUCAGAGUUAUCCUCAGGAGGCCAACUUCGGGUUUCCUUACAUACAGCAGAGCCCACUGUAGCUGUAGAGCGUGGGCUUCAUUCCUUGUCCUGUUUUCCAGACAAUGACACUAAAGUACAAAGAGGAUCAAGCCAAAGCUGACUGAGCGUCCCAACUUCAAGGUCAGAAUCUUGUCCUGUCAUGUUGUUGAUACUUGAGUAACCCUUUCCCGACUACAGGGAGUUGCUUAAGUUUCUCCGUUUUAUAAAGCAAAGCUUUUCUUCCUU